GAGAUCUGGGGGUCUGCUGAGUGACCUUGCAGUGUUUGUAAACAGACACACGCUGCCGUUGCAGAGUGUUGAAGCUCAGGAAGGAAUCACGAACGAACAAAGCGUGUUGCGAAGAUUGAGGAACGUUCAAUCCGAGUAAAUCCGCUGCAAUCAUGGAGGUGGAGCCUAUGUGUAUCACGGAAAACGAAACGGAGGGACCUCGCAGCGAUCGGAAAGAGGGGGGUAAGAGGGGACGCAAGCCUGGAAGGAAGGGGUCCGACAAGACGGACAUGAAAGCCAAGCUCGAGCGAAGCCGACAGAGUGCGAGGGAGUGUCGUGCUCGAAAGAAGCUCAGGUAUCAAUACCUGGAGGAACUGGUGGCUGACCGCGAAAAGGCUGUGCUUGCGCUUCGAAGAGAGCUGGAGAUGUAUCGGCAGUGGGGACAGGAAUUAGACUCUGGACGUGUUCCCGAAGGACUACAGGCGAUGCUGGAGGAAUUCGACUCUCUCAAACGGGAGAAAGUGAUCAAGUAACCCCGAACAAGAAACCGAGAAAGAGAAACACGAGUCCUCCGAACAUCGAGCUCUGCCAUUUUUUGUUUUCAACCUACAUUUGGUACUCCUGUAGCCGAGUUUAAAUCCCCGUUUUUUAGCGUAUUCCUAUUGUGAAGGGAUUCUGUAUCGAAUUCACGUUUAAAUCUUCGAACUCUACCUUGAGCCUCUACGCGAGAGUGGACAAAAGGGAUUUUUUCUCGUUGCGAUUUGCAAUCUGUGUUCUUUCUUGCUAGCCCCCCCCCCCGCCUCCCCUUCGUUCUAUUCGCCCCUUUUACGAAAAAGAACUUGAUUCGACUUCGUUGUUUCUCUAGUUAUCAAUCGUUGUUUGUACGAUUUUAUUUUCGUCGACGUUUCACACGAAAAAUUGUUUGUAUCUCUUGUUGUUUCUGAUCUCUUAUCAGUUGACGAAUACUUCUGCUCGCUUUGUCGUUAUGCUUAAACGAUAAGAAGAAAAAAAGCUGACAGGCCAGUCGUGCGAAGAGCACGAGUGGCGAACGUUGUACCUAAAAGUACCUUUUCAGAUGAUUAUUAAGAGAAGUGAAUAUGUAAAAAUUAUAUUUAUGCUUGUUACGUUCUUGGUGUAUCAUAGUCGAAACAAAGUUUCGCAGUAUUGCUUGUUCAAAGACUUUGUCACACUAUAUAGAUAUAUUGUAUAUUAUAGUAGGUGAACUCGUUGAGCGAUCUAAACCUCGUUUUUCCAAAUUACCGCCAGGAGCGUUUUUUGGUUCUGCAAAACGAAAGCCGUUCAUGGGCACGUUCACGUCGGCGGAGAUUGUAUUUCUAUAUGGAAACGAUAUUUUUAUAACGAUGUGUAAAAAGAUAUCAUUCUGUAUAGAUCAUUGAUAUUGCGGGAAUACGUAAUAUACAAUGAUAUAAAUAUAUGUAUAUAUUUGUCUGGCAAAAAUCAAUCUAAAGAUUGAAUAAAAUAAAAUGCAUAUUUUUAAACAAAA